AUGCAUGAUGAUAAAGAAUUCCACCUUGGAGAAUUCAAAACGACACGCAGUCUUGGCCAUGGAAAAUUCGGUAAAGUAUUAUUAGUGAAAAGCCAUGUGAAGCAUGAUAGUUACUAUGCAGUCAAAAUAGUCAACAUCAAAAGCUUGGAGAAGCCCAUGCUCAACAUGUCGAAAUUGUCGAACUUGAACAAAAUCAAGAGCGAGAUGAGAAUCAUCAACAUAGUCAAUCAAUAUCACCAUCCCAAUUUGGUCAAACUGUACUCGAUCAUUAAGAACGAGACCAAUGAUCGUAUUUAUUUUAUUAUGGAGUACUGUCCCAUGGGAGAAUUGACGCCCACAAAUAUGACAGAAGCUAUGGGGAGUGAAGACUCCCUUAUCAAUAUACAGUUCAAGUUGCAGAAUAUUAUCAAUGGCUUGGAAUUCCUUCAUUCUCAACAUAUAGUGCAUAGAGACAUCAAACCUUCAAACCUUUUGGUCGAUUCGCUGGGUGUUGUCAAGAUAUCUGAUUUUGGAACUUGCUAUCAGCUUACCGGAGAUGGUGUCAGCGACAAGUUUGAGAUUUUCAAGAAAUUGGUUGGUACUCCACUCUUUUUACCUCCAGAGAUAUGCUGCAACGAAGCAUCUGCAACGACCGGAAGCAAACACAACACCAAUUCGAGCUCUACCAAUGGCUCGCUAAAUAGGAUUUUCCAAAAUCUUCGUUUCAAGAAGCAAUCCUCUAAGGAAUUCUAUGAGGUGGAUAUAUGGUCCUUAGGAAUCUCUCUUUACUAUCUCCUAUACCAGACUUUCCCCUACUAUGACAAGAACGAGUUUCGGCUAUUCAAUGAUAUUGUUGAGAAUUCAUUGAAGCUUCCGCCUUGUCGCUAUCAAGAUGUCUUUCUUAUGCAGCGGCUGAAGCAGGAGAAUUUGCAUUCUGAAGACCAACUUAUCACGUAUUAUAACGAUUUGAUCGAUUUGAUAGGCAAGUUUCUAGUUAAGGAUCCUGCGAACAGAAUUAAUUUGAAGAGUACCAAAUCCCACGAACUAUUUAAGAUACUUUCAAACAACGCAGAUUAUCAACAGUUUGUGCAUUUCAAUGAGCAGUUCCUUCAGAAUUCUCCAAAAAGAAGUCAGAAACCUUCAACACCCUCUCAGAGACCCAAACUCCCAAGUCCUGACCAUCUUAUAAGAAAUUCCGAGUCCUCGGAUUUUAUCAGUGACCAGCUAAUGUACUCUAACGGUAGUCCAGAAACGAGUCCCCUGCAAAGAAGCCAAACCACCAGGCUGAAGGGUCCCUUCGCCAAGCUUUUUAAUCUAACAGCAUCUUCACCACCACAGCAACGCCAGCUCCAGCCGAAAGAAACACGGCAAAGUCUUCUGAUAGACACUGAAAAUGGCAGUAGAAUCGAUUCAGGUUUUGCUCCUAGCACCAGAUCAUCAGUUUCUUCUACUUCCCCGGUUUUUAUGGCUUCUCCUUCGCCGGCACUGAUGGGAUCUGCUUUAUCGUUGCCAAUCAAUAUGCAUCAUGAUCAGUUAUCACAUCCGCAUAAGCACAAGACUCUUGAUCCUGACCAUAAAAAUGAUUUUCAUCUAAGCAAUCACCAUCAUCACCAUCAUCAACAGCAUCAUGAUCAUGAUCACCAUGGUGAUAAAACCUUACGAAUACAGACCCAUCUGAGCGAUUAUUCUUCGUCCUCACCCUCUCCCGUGGAAUUAUGCUUUUCUCCAUCACCUCUCAAGGAGGCUGCCAGUACACCCCUACAAAGAAAUUCCCAAACUCAUAGCCUGAGGAAACCAAGUUCUCGGUCUAGUAGUAUCAAUAACAACGACGUCAAUAGCCGGUCUAUUAACGCUAGGGGUUCUGUUAACAGGGACUCUGUGAUAACCAUGAAGACCUUACCUCCAAAGAUUGGAGACGAUUACCUCACACCGGAUUUGCAACCACCAAAUGCCUUAUAUGGUGCUAAUGAACCUAAGCGAUCUAGCUCGUUCAGCAGAUUGAAACAUAGCGAAAAGAUUAACUUCAAAAGAUUCUUUAAGGAAGAAGAAGAGGAGGAUAGAGAGAAAGAUCAGAAGCAGGAUGAACAGAUCGGUGAAGAGUACAGAAUGUAUACCAUGGAUCAAUAUCUUGAGAAUUUAUGA